AUGGCAGGUGAAUUUGUCACUGCUGAGGGCGGCACGACCCCGGACGUCGUGAUGCCCAAAAAGUCUGUUUGGCGGGUGCUUCGCGAAAACCCAUACGUUUUUGGACUUUCAGCAUUCGCGUCCCUUGGUGGGCUUCUCUUUGGCUAUGAUCAAGGCGUCGUGUCAGGCGUGAUGACUAUGGAGUCGUUCGCGGCCACAUUUCCCCGCAUUGCCAUCGACAGCACAUUCAAGGGCUGGUUCGUCUCGACCUUGCUGCUUUUUGCCUGGUUCGGCUCUCUCAUCAACGGUCCCUUGGCCGACUGGCUUGGCAGGAAGGGCUCGAUGCAGCUCGCCGUGGUCAUCUUCAUCCUUGGCGCCGCCUUCCAGACAGCGGCAAGCGAUGUCCCGCUACUGUUUGCCGGUCGUGCCAUUGCGGGAUUUGCUGUCGGCAUGCUGACGAUGAUUGUCCCCAUGUACAUCUCCGAGCUGUCUGUGCCUGAUAUCCGUGGCACGCUCGUCGUCUUGCAGCAGCUCAGCAUUACCCUGGGCAUUCUUGUCAGCUACUGGCUAGAGUACGGUACCCAGUACAUCGGCGGAACCCGGUGUGCUCCCGAUAUCCCAUACACCGGCGGCACCUCAGAGCUGCCCACGUUCGAUCCCCGCUCUGAUGUCGGACCUGGCGGGUGCACUGGUCAGUCCUCUGCCUCAUGGAGAGUUCCGUUUGGGCUUCAGAUCUUUCCCGCACUGGUUCUGGGUCUCGGCAUGGUCUUCUUCCCAGAGUCCCCGCGGUUCUACCUCAUGCGUCACAAGGAAGACAAGGCCCUUGCAGCACUGGCCAAAGUACGCGGCUUGCAUCCCGAUACCGAGUCUCUUCGCGCCGAAUACCUUGGAAUUAAGGCCGAGGUCCUCUUUGAUGAGACACUGAAUCGUGAGAGGUACCCCGGCAAGAAGGGUCUCUCACUCUUCAUCGCACAACACCAAGCUCUUGUAUCGUCAUGGCCAGCAUUUAGGCGUCUAGGGUUAGGGUCUGGGACGAUGUUCUUCCAACAAUUCAUUGGUUGCAAUGCCGUGAUCUAUUACGCCCCUACGAUGUUUGCCCAGCUUGGCCUCUCUGGAAAGACAUCUGGGUUGUUGGCGACGGGGGUGUACGGCAUCGUGAACACGCUCUCAACUUUACCCGCCCUCUUCCUCAUCGACAAAGUGGGCCGCCGCCCUCUGCUCAUGUGUGGGGCCGCUGGUACCUUCAUUUCACUUGUCAUUGUGGGCGGAAUCAUUGGCGGGUUCGGCGAGUCCCUCCGCACGAACAAGUCAGCAGGCUGGGCUGGUAUUGCCUUCAUCUACAUCUACGACAUCAACUUCUCCUAUUCGUUUGCCCCUAUCGGCUGGGUUUUGCCCUCCGAAAUCUUCAACCUGGGCAACCGAUCGAAAGCCAUGGCCAUCACCACGAGCGCGACCUGGAUGUGCAACUUCAUCAUCGGACUUGUGACCCCGGACAUGCUCGAGAAGAUUGGGUACGGGACUUACUUUUUCUUCGCCGCUUUCGCUCUCAUCGCCUUCGUAAUGACAUACUUCUUCGUCCCCGAGACACGUGGAAAGAGCUUGGAAGAGAUGGACUUGGUGUUCGGCGACACGGCGGCACACGAGGAGAAGACCCGGCUGCUCGAAAUUGCGGCUUCCAUGGGACUGACAGACGUGUUGUCGGAUGAGAAGCUUGGCACCGACGUCAAGCACGAAGGUUGA